UUGGUGACAUAAACCGGAGGCCGGGAGUGGAGCUGGGAACCAUGGCGCGGGAGCUUCCGUCGUCCGAGUCCGAGCCCGAGCGCUCGGAGCCGGGUAGAGUCUGCUUUGACUCAGGGCAGGCACUGGGGCAAGGCCUGAGUUCGUCCAUCCAGAAGCUCAUGGAACUGCCCAGGACAUGCGCCAGCUGCAGGGCUAACAGCAAGAACAGCCUGGACUCCUGCAACAACAGCUCUUCUUCAGUUGUGGAUGACAAGAAGGAGAAGCGAGGGAAAAAAGACAAAGGACAGAAAGGUCUUUCUGAUAACUCAACUAAUCCUUUCCACAUGUCGGGGGACGUGGAUUUCUUCCUGCUUAGAGAUAUAAUGCGGAACAAGUCUCUCUUAGAGCGGGAGAAGCGGAAGUCUCUGCGGGUCCACGAGAAGAUGACCUACUCGGCGCAGAUGGCCGCCAAACACAGCAGCCUGCGGCGCGAGCUGCAGCUGGAGGACGAGCAGGAGGAGCUCGAGGCGUGUGUGGAGGCCGAGCAGAUGCGCGCCUACCACGACAGCACGGCCUGGAAGCUGGCCCUGACCAAAGAAAAGAAGUCGGAGACCGACAACAUCAACAACUACAUCAACCAGAAGCGGCAGAAGUUCCUCCUGCAGUACUCCCUGGACAUGAAGCUGAAUGAGAUCCAGCGGCUGGAGAGGCUGGCCAAGCAGGAGGAGACAGAGCUGCAGCGGGCAGAGAGAAGCCUGGAGAAGGACACGGCCCUGUUUGACGAGUUCCUCCGUGAGAAUGACCGCAGCUCUGUGCAGGCGCUCAGAGUGGCUGAGAAGGAGACCAAAGCCAAGAUGGAGAAGAUCAAUGAGAUUCGUGAGCUGACCACCCAGAUCAUGAACAUCAAGAGUGAUAUCUCCAAAUUUGAAGAGAAGCUGCUUCACUACAAGCACUACAAGGACUUUCUGUACAAGCUGUCGCCCAAAGAGUGGGUGGAAGAAAGGGAGCAGAGGAGCCGGGCUCUCAAGAAGGCCAAGGGAGCCAGCAAGGAGCAGAAGGAGAGCGUCACGGAGAAAGCGGAGCAGAAGCACGUGGAGGUAUCCCAAGUGUCCCCAAGCACUCGGCGGAGCCAACUAGUGGCCCCUUUCUUGAAUCCUGUAGGAUCAGAUCUCAAGUGCAGGACAAACCUGAGAGAGCUGUGCAGCCCAAGUAAGACCCUGCGGUCAGUGGUGGGCCAGGUCCUAAGCAGCAGCCACAGCAGCCGCGCCAGUCAGCCCACCGUGCUCAGCAAGCUGGACGUCAAAGGGUCCAGCUCCGUGCAACCCCCACCGGAGGAGCCGGAGAGCGACGACGACGAGAAGCCGGAGUUGUACUUCACGGAGCCUCAGCAGCUCCUGGACGUCUUCAUGAAGCUGGAAGAGCAAAACCUCUCGCUGAUCCAGAACACACAGGAGAUGGAGGAGACUCUGGACGAGCUGAACUUCUCUCUGAAAAAUGCCCAGCUCCGAAUGGACAGGGAGAUCAACCAGCUGAAGCAAUGGAUCACCACACUGAUCAUGUCCAUCGCCAAGGAGGAGGAGGCCGCUGCCGAGCUGGAGCUCAAGGCCCGUGUCUUCCACUUUGGCGAGUACAAGGGUGCCCAGGAGGACAAGCUGCUGGACAGUCUGAACCGCAAGGUGCUAACCGUGUACCAGAACUGCAUCGGCAGCCAUCAGGAGUCCAACCUGGGCACCGUGCAGAUGCUGACUAUCAUUGAACACCAGCUGGAUGAGCUGCUCGAGAACCUGGAGCGCCUGCCCCAGUUCAAGAUCGAGGAGGCCGAGAGGGCCAAGGAGAAGGAGCGGCGCAUGAGACUCCGGGAGGAGAAGGCCCAGAUGCAGAAGCUGUUGCAAGAGGAGCGGCUACAGCGGGCACAGGCCCGGGCCCAGGCUGAGAUCAAGAAGAAGAAAGGUAGGCGGCUGGUAUGCCGCUCCCGGCCUCCAACUUCGAAAGCCAAGGGGGAGCCCAUAACCGAACUGAUAGACAAGGAGAAGGAGGAGCAGCUGUUCUUUUUCACUUAGUCCUGGCAGCCGCGGGCCUGGUCCACGGCAAAGAUGGCAGCAGGAAGCAGACAGGCCGGAGCAGGCCCCACAGCCCACACUGUGGCCCUCGCAUCUCCUGCUGUACACUUCCUGACUUGUGUAAAAUAAAUUCGGCUUCUCUUUUCCUCUC